CCCAAAACUUCGCUCUCCGCGUCGAAGUCUUUUCUCUCACCAGCUUAAACGACGAAAAUGCCCCUCCUCUUCUUCCUCCUAGCUCUCCUCUCUCUCACCUCCGAAACUCGAUACGUUACGGCCGGAAAUGCCGAUACGGCACAAAAUCUCCUGCGCGUAUCGUGCUCCCGCGCCCGGUACCGUACGCUCUGCGUCAAGAGCCUCUCCCCCUUGGCGCUCUCAGCCAAGACCCCCGCCGACCUCGCCAGGGCAUCCGUAACGGUCUGCCUAGACCGGGCCCAAAACGCGUCGGGAUUCGUGUCCCGGCUCGCCAACAUCCGAAACGUCUCCAAGAGAGAGAAGGCCGCACUCCAGGACUGCGUCGAGGUGCUGUCGGACUCCGUCAACGAGCUCCGCCGCACGCUCUCGGCGCUCCAGCACGUGCGUGCCGGCAACUUCCGGUGGCAGAUGAGCAACGCCCAGACGUGGGUCAGUGCGGCGUUGACGGACGUCGACACGUGCGUCGACGGGUUCCAGAGCGUCAGCGGGGUCGUCAAAACGGCCCUCAGGAAGAGGAUGCGGCACGUCGCACGUGUGACAAGCAACACGCUCUACCUCAUCAAUCGCGCUGCGGCAGCACACACGGGGAACCGUUGAAGAUCGAACGGCUGGGAUCGUCCCAUGGUCGAACGCUGCUGUACGUGAUUUCUGGGCCACCAACACAAAAGUAGUGGGGUCCACUUGGUGAAUUCAAGAUCUCAAAUCAGCAACUCAUAAGUAGUCAUGGGCUUUCUGUACUGAGGUUGUAGUAUUCUCGUAAUUUUUCCAUAUUAUAAGGAAAUUUCAGGAAUAAAAGGGAAAUCCGAUUUGAAA